AAUCCUCGUGCAGAACGGAUGACGAAAUAUAUAUCUAAGAAAUACUGGUACGGUAACCACCAAGGAAUAUAUUAAGUGUUUUUGUUAGGAGAUGUUGUGAUCGUGGAUAUUUAACGAAGUGGAUUAAGUAAGAAAAUAUUAAAGGUUAUAAUUACUAAAAUAGUCCCUACACGGGCGUAUUCAUAUAUCACGUUUGUGUAAUCCGUCCUUGAGCGAACUCACUAACUCUGACACAAGGUGGAGGAAAAGGAGCAAUUUUCAAUUGACUGACCCACGGGAUUUCUGACCUAUCCCUCGGGGUUUUAACGAACCCUAUCGGGACAAACGACCAUGGACCUGCUCUACGAAAGCGACCAUAACCUUUGCGACAUGGAAGACCCAGAUAUGGGCGAAAUUUUGGACCACGACGUUUUUCAAUCCCCCUCAUCAACAAGCACAGAAGGCGGCUAUAUGGACGAUUGGUUAAACAGUUUGUUUGAAGACCCCGUCCUCAACGACAAAAUGAUCACGGAGGCUGUUCCGUCACCAAGGAUACAGUCGGAACAUAGCUAUUCCAUCAACAAUGAACUACCCCAAUCACCCCUCGAACUAUCAAACAUGGAAUCUAAUGUAGAAGACCUGGACUCGACGUUCUUCAGUACUACCCAGGCCCUGGACCUAAGCAGCAGUAAAACGCCCAGUCUGUCCACAAUAGCUACAAGCCAGUCGAUCUCACCACUCAAGUCCGAGCCCCUUGAGUUUGCUGACCCAAUGCUCACCACGGUAACGACCAUGACGACCCGAACCUCGACGACAACCCGGCAACCAACGAUUAUACUUGCAACCACAUCCUCAUCGGCGUCGAAGAUCCAGUAUACAAGUGAUUCAGCGACGCCAUUCAUCACACAGGCAGCUCAGUCAGUACUUGCACCCACGGUCACCAUCAAAGCUGAGCCAUUUGAACUUCUUGACAACCAGAUGGAGCAGACAGUGAACAUGGAAUCCCUGAUGCUGCCACCAACGCCACCUAGCAGCGCAUCUAGCGACAGUGACGGCAGUCUUAGUCCGUCACGCUCAGCACCCUCUAGUCCGAUCCGCCAGCUGCCAUAUGGCAGACAUUCUUCACCAUCAUCCAAAACAUUCUCCCAGCCCAUUUUUACUAACCCUAUUCCCCAGUCAGGAGUUUUAUUACUAUCAGAAGAAGAGAAGAGAACUCUUGUAUCGGAAGGCUACCCAAUACCAGGGAAACUUCCCCUCACAAAACAAGAAGAAAAAAAUUUAAAGAAAAUCAGACGGAAAAUUAAAAAUAAAAUUUCAGCACAAGAAAGCAGACGCAAGAAAAAAGAAUAUUUAGAGCAGCUUGAAAAACGAGUUGAAUCAUUUUCUCAGGAAAAUAAUGAUCUGAAAAAGAAAGUCAAUUCACUGGAACAUAAUAACCAGUCAUUGCUGGGCCAGCUACAUAAACUACAGUCACUGGUCGGCAAGGUGACGCGCCCGGCAACCUCCCAGCCUGGAGGCACAGUAUUGAUGGUGUUGGUACUAUGUUUCGCGGUGUUCCUUGGUGGAUGGAACCCGUCCUCUUUUAAUGUGGGUUAUUCUUCUGGUUCUCGUGCCAUGCAUACAGCGGCUUUCUUUGGUAAUCCUCGCAUGAUGCAGCCAUCCCCCCGGAUGGGUCCACCCUUGCAGGAUGCCAAGGUGGAUGCUUACUCAACUCCAAAUAUGAAAUCAAGAGUGCUAUUAUCUUUGCGAGAAGAAAACGAAGAUACAACAUGGUAUGAACCGUAUGCUCCGUAUGCCAUGCGUGACCAUGAGCCGUCUGAGGAAAUGCCUGCUGACUACAAGGACACCAUGGUGACCAACCCGGCACUCGUGGACAUGACGUCCGGCGAAGAUUCAAAGGUUGUGGAGCUAGUUACUGUGGAUCAACGCGUCCACCAACCAAACAACACUGAAAAGGGCCAGGAACAAGCCCUGCUCCAUCCUGACAUCCAAGCUACAGCAGGGUUCCACUCUCAGGUGGAAAACAUUGUGGAAACUGCCUAAACAAUGGAACACAGCCUAAAAAGUGGAAACAGUCCUAAAAAUGGAAUCCGACUUGAGGGCCUAUUCAAGUAAAACUGGCU